UCCGUUUCUCAUCAUGACUGAGCACCAGGCGCUUGUCGAGAUCAUCGACACUGCGGGCACAGAGCAGUUCACCUCCAUGAUGGACUUGUACGUCCGAAAUGGCAAAGGAUUUGUGCUCGUGUACAGCAUCACCGACCGCGCGUCGUUCCGAGCGAUCGAGGAGCUUUGCGUCACCAUCUUCCGGAUGAAGGAUGCCGAGGCUGUUCCGAUGAUUCUCGUCGGCAACAAGUUGGAUCUUGCCAGCGAACGCGUGGUCUCGUUCGAGGAGGGUCGCGCUUACGCAGAGUCGUGGAACAUGCCGUUCAUUGAAGUUUCUGCCAAGCAAAACCAGUUCGUUUCCGAUCUAUUCCUGACCCUCUUCCGAGAGAUGGGCCGUUCAAGCGUCUACACGGUGGUUCUUUUGGGCAGUGGUGGUGUGGGUAAAUCCGCCAUCUGCGUCAUGUACAUGCAGGGAGUCUUUGUGGAGUCGUACGACCCGACCAUCGAGGACUCGUACCGGAAACGCGUGGUGCUUCACGACAUUCCCGACAGCGAGACUCCGCGCGCAAGGCCAGCGCGAAAGUCGUCGUUUGGAUUUUUGAAAAAGUCGGAAUCUGCAGCAAAGAUAACUCCCGGCACCCCGCGCGGUGCCCGACUGCCGCCGCGACUGGCAAGCCAAAUGUCACCCAUGCCACAUUCUUCGUCGUCUGCCUCCUUUGAAGCUGAGGAAGACACUGUUUCACCGAAGAAAAGCGAGAAAGAGAGGCGUCGAAAACAAGCAAAAGAUGCAAGCCCACCUCCCACCGGCUCUGCGCUUAAUCGUGGCCUGUUUGCGGACAUCGCUGAUUCACGCGGAGCGGCAGCGGAAAUCGACAUGCCGAUUAUUUUGCCAGAAAUUGCUGCGCCCGUUAAACCCAUAGCUCCGUACGCUGGACCUCCUCCUCCUGCUCCUGCUGGCCCUGCUCCUCCUCCUCCUCCACCACCGGCGGCAGCCGGGCGCGCUCAGAUUCCGGACCGAGAGGACCAGACGAGGGAUGGCGACAUGAGACGAGAUGAGCCUGCUCGGCCUGCCGCUGCUCCUGCUCGGCCUGCUCCUGCUGCUGGUGCUGCUGCUGCUGCACGACCUUACGAUGAACCACAGAAGCAAAAGACUGCCGCUCCCGCGGAAGACUUUGAAGAAGAAGUAUACGGCGCGGACGGCUUGUUUGAUGAUGAACCAGCACCAGCACCAGCACCAGCACGAGUCGUGGAUGAAGUGGAUCAAGAGAGGGAGCGCGAGUUGGAGCGCCGAAGAUUGCACGAUUUGACCUUACGCAGCGUAUUGGACGAGGGGCUUAUGCUGGAGUCUCUUGACGCUCUUGCCAGUGUGGAUGCGCAGCAAUUUAGACGUCGCGAGGUCAAGAAAGAGGUCAAGAAGGUCACCAAGAUCGACAACGUGUACGCCGAUCUCGAGACCAUGUUCUUUGGUCUGAGCUACGCGAUGGCUGCAACGGUGCCAUGCGACUCACAUGCCACCGUCGCUAAGCUGCUGGAUCAAAUACACGAUGAGGCAGCCUUCUGCUCGGGGGAGAAGACUCUGGUGCAAUCUCAAGCCGCAAGCGACAUUGAAAUGCAGCAGCGGGCCACGAAGGAAAACGUGCCGACUAUUGCCAUCACUCCGAGCGAGGACCGCGAUACACUUGACCGUGGCAAUUCCGAGGCAAGCAGCAGCAGCGGCGCUGGGAAUGAUUUACUGGCACCACAACUCUCCAAGCAAAACUCGUCCAGUUCAACCAACAGCUUCUCCCGGGACUUUGGCUCGAGCUCGACGCUCGUGGCCAAUGGAUCUCAAGCCAGCAACCCAUCUGCUGUUGCGCAGUACCACGCGUACACACGCGGCCCUUCGACUGCUACCAAAGUAUUCAAUUUUGUGGGGCAACCGCUCAUGCUGCUGCUCUUCUUUGCCAUCUUUCUCGCCUUCCUGUUGGUCAUCAUCCUCCCGGCCUUCUUUGUUAUUCUCGUCAUCCGAACCACACACAUUGAAACGGACACCAAGCAGUUCAAUCAACGUCAAGAGGUGAUUGAACGCGAAACAAUCAUUGUCCGAUCCGUCCGCUUGCUCAACCUCCUCGCUCGCAGCAUCCCCGUUGCCAUUGUGCUGGCCGGCUAUCCAGCGCUUGUUGUCUACGCUAUUGUUCCCGCCGCGAUCGACAGGACCGCUCCAAACGACGCAGUCCUGUACAUCAACCUGGCCAUUGGCUUGUACUGCCUGGUGAUUAUUGCUCUCCAACUGAUGGGAACCGUCCGAGCUGGAGCUUCGCUUUCUGCGCGAAAUAUGGAGGUUUUGGGUUUGGGCAACAAUCUUGGCGGUGACGGCAGGGUCGCCAAUCAAGUCAUCACCACGAGCCAAUUCAAGCUCACCUCGCUGUCAAACUGGAUGGUGCUCUUGACGCUUGCCAUCGAGUUUGCCCAAAUCUCCUUCUUCCCGUUUCUCUCCAGCCAAGUGCUGCUCGAGGCUACCAAUCUGGCCAACGUUACCCUGAAUCUUGUAGACUCCUCCGCCUUUGAUGAAAUCUCCAAAGUCCAGCGAUCCGUCUACCUCACUGUCGCCUCUGUGGACACCCAUACAAUUGCCGUGUGGGCGGCCAUUGGUGUCGUGGCUGCGCUUGUGCUCGUGUUUUGCUACCAGUUCACCCUCGAGCUCUUCCACUACGGUGUGCUGCGCCGCUUCUUUGAUAUUCACGGAAACAACAAGGAGCCAUUUGUCAAUCGCGACGUCAAGCAAUCGGCGCGUGACUACAUGUUUUACUCUUUCGUUGGCGCCAUCGCGUACGGACACGGGACCCCGCGGCACGUCUCUCCCGCAAUCGCCUCCAUCACGGCAAUUUUGUCUGACGGCCUGUUUUUGUUUGUAACGGAAAAAUUGCUCGCCGUGGUCGCCUGCUCUGCGCCGCUGGACGAGAUUGCUGCGAUUGUUCCCGCCUCGCCACCCGUACAUCUGUACUUGACCUCCUUCCCGACCGCUGUGUGCUGGGACGACUCGCAUAGCGUGCUUGCAGUCAUUGCUCUGAUUGCAUACUCGUUCUACGUGCCCCUGUCCAUUAUGAUUUCGCCAAUGUUCAUGGAGCCCGCCGUCGAUGGCAAGGACGUUCGCUACAGCAAGCUGUACCUCAUGAGCGUGAGUGUGUUGAAAUGCAUCAUGAUUGUUGCCGCGAGCUUCCUUCCGCAAGGCGGGCUCACACGCUGCUUGGCCAGCGGAAUCUCGGCGCUGGUCAUGCUGUGUCUCACCGGAUUUUGGCUAACGUUCGCCCCGUCGUCCAUGCGGAUGCGUACCCCUUGUUCGAUUCCGUUUAUCAACAUUUGGCGCAUCAUGACUUUUGCUACGGGUGUCUACUCUGCCAUCUGCGGCGUGCUCAUUUUCGCUCUCCCCGAAACGGUUCAGGGCACUGAGCUGUAUUUGAUUCUCUUUGUUGGUAUUGGUGUCAUUGUGCUCGGUGCUCUUCUUUGGGCGCUCCUUCGCCGCGCUCGUGCACCACCUCGGCGGUAUUAGUUUGUGGAUUUGUUUGUUUUUGUGUUUCUUGAUUGCUUUGAUGAGUAGGACUUUCAGUUUCAAGCGGAUUUGUCGGUGCUUGCAGUGCGAGAUGACUUUGUUAUGAUUGUGCUGUAUAGAUACGAUUACUGUGACGAAACUACAGUAGCGACUCGUUUCUGAGCUCAGAACUUGGAGUGAGCAAACAAAACUUCCUCCACAAUGCCUCCUUGCUUUCCUAGCAUCUGUGGCUGUGCCUCCGCUGCCCGCCUGCAGCUCCA